AUGAGGGGGUUUAUGUUGUUGUUGUUGUUGUGGUGGUGGUGGUGGUGGUGGUGGUUGUUUGCUGAUAUAACCACGGUGAAUACCCACGUCGACGGCAGUCAUCAGCCAUCCAGAAAGCCUUCUGUACACCUGACAGCUGAGGAGUACGAGGCCUAUCAGAGCCAUUGUAACCGCAUGUCAAUCACUCGGACUGGAUACUCGCCUAACCCAGAUACCGUCAUACGCAAUUAUGAUGAUCUCAAUACUAGGGUCAAAGCAUGGACUGAGGAAUACAUCUGCGAAGACAUGCCCUCCCUUUCCGAGAACCAGAAACAGAAGAUCAUUCAAGGUCUAGAUACAUUCUGUAUUCAAGAACCUUGGGAUACCAUUCAAGCCUUACUCUCUCCCGAAUCCCGUGAUCAAUUUCAUCUAUACCUGUGUGAAGCCAUGGUCAAUAAAUUGAUCUUCACCUGGUUUCUCGAAAGGCCAUUCUGGUUUCUGGAUGGGAAACUGGAUGAAAACGAUGAGACUGGAGAUCCGUCGUUCGCUGAGCGACUCCACUAUCUGUAUCAAAGAUACCACGAAGCAAGUCCUGUGAACGCAGUUUGGUGGAGGAUGGUCACCCUCGGCCUGGCCAACCUGAAAAAAGACUUGUCGCCCAGGGAUCCUCGUGACAACCCUCCUUAUGUUUUCGGGGAUGAAAAUCGGAAGCGACAGGCGAACAUAGCAGAGAAUCUGGCGGAUCAUCUUCUAGAGGACAGCCUGUUUCAGCUAUUUCUCGAAGAGUUGGCCGGUGCGGAAGAGGAUACGAGGCGUCGUAGGCUGAUCGGGGUUCUCCAAGCCGGUGCGCAGUAUCUCACAGCGCAUGAGUUGGCAUUGGGAGGACAAGUAAAGGUUCAUCAACUGCCCGAGUUGAAGCAGUUUGACCCAGCUACAGGAAUUAUGUUCUCGGGUCUGGUCCAUCAAAGGGAGCGGAAGAAUACUCCGCCCUUGGUUCCCAAGCCUCACGGCCGGGUGAUCCUCGUUCUACGACCUGGGGUAUAUCGAUACGAUCUUCCCAACCAAUUUGUGCCGUACGAUCGUCACAUCAGUGCUGUUGAAUUGUCGAGGGAUACUGACCCCUACCUGGUUUGCAAAGCUGAGGUUAUGGUGGAAGCAGUCAAGGCCAGCAACCCAUCUGACGCAAGUCAGCCCGACCCCGAGGAUGAGGAUGUCUGGUUCCAACGCUAUUGGGGCUAA